UAUAUGGGAAAUAAACAAAAACUCCUGAAAGGGAUUCCAAAAAGAACUUUACCGAGCGCUAUGCUGUUCAACAUUCGGCCCUAUUUCCUUCUCCACCUCAUAUUUUCCACCGGAGGACAAUAAGAUGUGACCCUCUUCCGGCUUAGGAAAGAUGGCGGCACCCUACAGUAGGGACUCCAUUUGGGACAGGACCACAUGGCACUUCCGUUUGCAUCUCAGAUUCCGAAUGAAGUACUGCUGUAUUCCAGCCAUGAGGUCUUCUGGCAUGAAGCAACUACAGGGCCUCUUCGCGGUCUAUAAACCUCCGGGGCUGAAAUGGCUGCACGUGCGUGAGACCGUGGAGCUGCAGCUGCUGAAAGGUCUCAAUGCAGAGAAGCCUCCUGCUCCUGGACAGCGUGUUCGCUUCUUGCUAGGCCCUGUGGAAGGCAGCGAAGAGAAGAAGCUGACUCUCACAGCCACCAGUGUGCCCACCCUCACCACCCAUAGACUCGUACGUGGUCCAGCAUUCACAAGCCUGAAGAUCGGUGUUGGCCACCGCUUGGAUGUCCAGGCUUCUGGUGUGCUUGUGCUCGCCGUGGGACAUGGUUGCAGACUCCUCACUGACGUGUAUGAUGCUCACUUCACCAAGGAUUACACAGUGCGUGGCCUCCUGGGCAAAGCUACAGACAACUUCUGUGAAGAUGGGCGGCUGGUAGAGAAGACAACUUACGACCAUGUGACCAGAGAGAUGCUGGAACGCAUCCUGGCUGUGAUCCAAGGCUCCCACCAAAAGGCACUAGUGAUGUACUCCAACCUGGAUCUGAAGUCCCAGGAGGCCUAUGAGAUGGCUGUGCAAGGUGUGAUCCGGCCCAUGAACAAGUCCCCAAUGCUUAUCUCUGGCAUUCGCUGUCUGCACUUUGCACCUCCUGAGUUUCUGCUAGAGGUGCAGUGUAUGCAUGAGACACAGCAGCAGCUGAGGAAGUUGGUGCAUGAAAUUGGCCUGGAGCUGAAGAGCACUGCUGUCUGCACACAAGUACGGCGCACUCGGGAUGGCUUCUUCAGGCUGGAUGAUGCCCUCCUGAGAACCCAGUGGAACCUACACAGUAUCCAGGCUGCCAUCCGGGCUGCAGCCCCCCGUGUAGCAACAGAACUGAAAAAGAACUUGAGCCUGCGGUUGGGCCACCAGCAGCUCCCUGGUGCUGGGCAAGCCUUGGGGCUUUAAGGGUCCAAGCUCCUCUUUGAAGGUGGAAAGCUGUGCAGGACAGUGAGAAGCCAGGCAGCUAGCUGCCCACAUGUAGGUGGGCAAAGACAGGCUCAGCACAAGUCAGAACUGAUGACCAUGCAGAGUGAGAUCAAGGCCCUGAACAGUGUCUGUCAUCCAGCAGAACAAAAAAGUAAGAAAGGAAGUCUCCUAGAGGAGACACAGAGGAACUGCAGAUGUGAGCUGAGUCACCUCAGCUAUUUGGGAGGCUCAGGCUAGAAUCUUGUCAGUUCAAGGCAGCCUACCUUGUCUCAAAAAGCCAAACCAGAGCAGGGCACGGUGGCACACAUCUGUAAUCCCACUCAGGAAGGCAGAGGCAGGCCGAUCUCUGAUUUCGACGCCAGCCUGGUCUACAAAGUGAGUCCAGGGUAGCCAAGGCUAGAGAGAAACAAGCAAGCAAACAAACAGAAAACACCAAACCAGAGUCAGCCAUGAUGGCUCAGGCCUGUAGUCCCAGUGCUCAGGAGAGAAGGGAAGAUGAGUUUAAGGCCAGCCUGGGCUGUCUCCAGUGUUCAGCUUUUCACACAGAUGGGGAAUAGCGCCUCAACACUUACUGACCAUUGGUGAUGUACUUAGGUUCAUAUGACUGAUUACACACUGUUUCAAGAUGGUGUCUCACACCUGUGAUCUCAGAGUACUACUCAGCUGAGGCAGGAGGAUGGCUCUAAGUUUGAGGCCAGCCUGGAGUACUUUGUAUUGCAUCAGUAUUAAAUCUGUCUGUAGUGCAAACCAGUAACCAUCGCCCGGGUGGGGGAGGCAAGAGGAUCUAAAUUCAGGGUCAUCUUUGGCUAUGUAAUAAGUUUGAGGUUAUGUGAAACUGUCCCUAAGACAAAAUAAAAAGCCCCAGGAUUACUUUUAAA